GGCAACUGCUGAAUCAUCCUCCACCGUCUGCACCGUCUCUUAUGCCAUCGUCUCAUGCACCAAGGCCCUCCACCGUCCAGUCCUGCAUUAGCAUAUUGAUCUGACACUUCAAUUUGCUAUAUUAGUUGCAGCAGUCUGUGCAGGGUUAUUCUCAGAGGACACGGAGGUACAGCGGGCUGAACAGCAGCCAUUCGGAUGGGUAACGUACCCACUACAGUGAAGCACUGCCUGAGCUAUGAGCAACUCAUCCAGGACUACCCAUGGCUGAAACGCUGGCUGCUGGAGGAGAAGACCAUCACAGGACAUGAGUUUCCAGAGUUUGUUAAAAUAGUUGAAGUUGGGCCGAGAGAUGGACUUCAAAAUGAAAAGGAAAUUGUUCCAACAAGGGUGAAAAUCCAGCUGAUAGACAUGCUCUCAGGAACAGGUCUGCCUGUGAUCGAGGCCACCAGCUUUGUCUCUUCAAAGUGGGUACCGCAGAUGGCAGACCACACUGAUGUACUCAGAGGAAUCCAGAGAGCACCUCAUGUUCGGUAUCCUGUUUUGACACCUAACAUGCAAGGCUUCCAGGAUGCUGUUGCAGCUGGUGCUACUGAGGUGGCGGUGUUUGGGUCAGCGUCUGAAACCUUCAGUAAAAAAAAUAUUAACUGCUCUAUUGAUGAAAGCAUGCAGAGGUUUGAGGAAGUCAUUAACACUGCCAAAGAGCGACAAAUUCCAGUCCGUGGAUAUGUUUCUUGUACCCUUGGAUGUCCCCAUGAGGGACACAUUGAACCUUCCAAAGUUGCUGAGGUGGCUAAGCGGUUAUAUGAAAUGGGCUGUUAUGAGAUUUCCUUGGGCGAUACCAUCGGUGUUGGUACUCCAGGUUCCAUGUUUAAGAUGCUGCAGAGUGUGAUGAAGGAAGUGCCCACCAAUGCUGUAGCAGUUCACUGCCAUGACACUUAUGGGCAAGCACUGCCCAACAUCCUUACUGCACUUCAGAUGGGGGUCUGUGUGGUGGAUUCUGCAGUAGCUGGCCUGGGAGGUUGCCCGUACGCUCCGGGUUCAUCUGGCAAUGUUUCAACAGAGGAUGUUCUCUACAUGCUCCAUGGCAUGGGCAUUGAAACUGGGGUGAACCUUGCCAAAGUUGUAGAGGCUGGUGACUUCAUCUGCAAUGCUUUAUGUCGCAAGACAAACUCCAAGGUUGCCCAGGCAAGAGGCAGGACACUGUGAUGUGUUUCUGUAAAGGAAUAUAUUUAAUAUAAGUAUUUGACUGUGUUCCCUUUAAAGUGAUUCCCCAGCUGUUGCUGCCUUCAGAUUUGUUGCCUAUGCUUCUGUAUUUGAAGUACAUUGUUCCUUGUUCUAAACCGUCAGAGGUAUCUGAUCCAAAUAAUCUCAAGAAUCAUCAGAAGACUUCAGCAUUGUGUUUUAUGGUCCAAAAUCAGCUAUUUCAAGUUCAGUUCCUUACCUUUCAAUUCAUUUCCACAUUUUAGAGUCUGUUAGGACUGGAAGUACCAUUAUGAUUCUGAAUCAUCUAAUUUGGCUUAUUUUUUUUUUUGUUCUGUAUGGUUGCAGAUUACAAAAGGGCAAGGUUAUAUAGGCUUGAGUGGUGAAAACAUAUUGGCCUUUUAAAGGCGGAAUUAUCCACUUCUAUUUUAAAACCUUCUCAUAUUUAUUUGGCUCUGACAAAUAAAUGCAUCACUUUGCGUAGCUCAGUGGCCUUAAGAUAAAAUAAAGUAACAGAAUAAGAAUUUAGGCUGUUUUGGCACCUGUGGUGAUAAUGAUUUGAAUAAAUAGAGAAGACAAACAGCAAAAAGAAAAAGCUCCUUCCUGCUUUUUAAAUAUGAAUAUCUCUUCAUGCACUUUACUUCUCCAACAACCUCUUCAGCAAUUCCUACCCUGUUAGAUCCUGUGUGAAUAGCAAUUGAAAAGAAGACUCCUCUCAAACUACCACACAAACAACCUUUUAAAAGCAGUCUCUGGAGAGUUUCUGCCCUCAGGUUUGCCAAAGAUCAUUCAAGAAGUGCCCCUUAAUCGUUUUUUGUCAUUAAAAAACUUUUACCAUGAUAUAAGCUACUAUCUGGGAGGAUCGUCUGUGUGAGUGUUAAGUCAAAUGUGGAUGCAUUUUCUCAUGUCUCUCCUGUCUGUUUAUAUCCCACAGUGUAAUCUGUAAAACAUAAUAAAAUAGGAACAUUAACAACGGAAUGUGAAUUUUAAUGAGAUUUUAUCUAAAGCCAGAUGGCAAAGAAUAAACACUAUUGUGCUUGAGAAAAAAUAAUAUUAGUUAUCAGGUAGAGGAUUAAGAUGAUCCAAAUAAAGAAAAAAGAACACACAAACAAAGAAAGAAAAUCUAUUGUGGUUGUAUCUGUCCUGGUCCUCACGACUCAGGGUACCCCUGGUUUUCUAUUCAGCUAGUUAAUUAGAAGAUGAUUACAAUAGAUAAUUGCAAUCAUCUUAUAUCUGUGGUAGUCUGCCACCUUUUCCUCUCCAGCCCUGUGUUCUCUGUGUUCCCCUUCCUGGUGUGUCUUGUUGGUCCCCUACUUGUCUUUGGAUAUGUGUGUGUGUAUGUGUGUGUAUGUUACCUGCCUGGCUCUAGGAACCUCCCACCUGCGGCUGAUCACCAGCACACCUGUCUCCUAUCUACUCAUCAGUCUUCACAGCUUAUAUACCAGGCUUUUCCACUACUCCGACGCCAGAUCGUCCCUGUACAUUGUACGACAACUACGUCUAGGCUCUCGCUAAAGCUAAGUACUUUUUGCAAGUGUGUUUUUCCUUCGUGUUUUUGAUCCUGUCUGUUUUUGCUCUGCCUAAGGCAUUACCCGGUGCUGGUGAUAGCCGCUCCUGUGGUUUCCUGGAUUCCUGUCUGCCUGUCUGCCUGCUUCUCCAGCCAGCUUCACCUUGCCUGUCGUCAUCUGUCUACACUGCUCAUUCACCAUUCGACUUUAUUACGAAUAAAGUGUGUUUUGGAUUACA